GCCCUACAAGACGAGUCCAACAUACUCUACCAUGAAGCUAACGCUUUGUACUGGGCCAAAGCACUCUUGCAGAUGACAUACCAAUUCAUUGAUCGUGCUGUCAAAGAUACCAAGGUACCACCACCUUUCAAAAUCCCUCACCUGCACUUUGUGGACACAGGAUUGUUAUUUCCGUCCAAGCCCAGCAGUAUUGUGAAUGUCACAUACCUUGUUGAGGAACUCAUCCACAUGUCCUCAGAUGAUGAGUUUGUGAAGUACAUCCACAAUGGCAAUGUGGCUCCUUGCUUCCUUCUGGAUACAAAGGCAGAAGAGAUCACGGACUUUUUGGCCUUUACUCAACACGUACAGUACAUCAUGACUGGUGGUCAAGUAUACAUAUCUGACUAUCAAGGUAAGCUGUGGUGA